UUCACACCUGUUCCUGUGUUGUAAAUUCCUUGAACAGCAUUGAGAACAGUUUUAUUGUCGUUGAGAGAUCUACUAGAACUAGAAUCUAGAAUCUAGAUCUACUCUUGUCUCCGUUGUUAUUACACUAUUUAACCGAGGUUCUGCAGACUCUACUUUAAAUUGAUUGACUCCUGCCUGAAGAGAGAAGUCAACAGGGACACACAGCUCAACAUGGCCAGUGUUCGGCACAAGGUCAAGGUCACGACGCAGACGAUGCAGAAGGUUAUGCAGCACACUACGGAGACGCACUUCCAUGUUUGUGCACAUCGCGAACACCCUCCAACCGCCCAGCCCCGCCCUUCCUCACCAAUCAAUGGAGGAAACCGCUGGGCUCCGUCUGAAGUCGACCUGAGCACCCUUCCUUACCGCUACCCGGAAACGGAGGAAAAUCACGAGGCUAUCAAUGAUUUGCUCGAGUAUAGCCUCGAGCAGCAAAGAGAAUUUGAAAUUUCGGAUAACGCCGGCUUUGUUGUCACAGUGCUCCACCGAUGCCUCAACGCUCUGAAUGUUCAGAACAGCGUUGUGCAUGGCUACAGAGAUCUGAAUGGUGUCGAUAUUCCUCACAUGUGGCUAGAAAUCAAACAGUACUACAUAGACAACUCUUUUUUGAGAGACAUUUGCAAAAGUAGUGUGGAAUAUUUACGAAGAACGUACCCCAGAUGCUAUAAGAUUUCUUUGUUUAAAACAAGCGACCCACCUCCUAUCCCAACAGGCGAAACUAUAUAUGAAACUAAAGAGACGAGGAAUUAUCUUCGGAAAAACAGGAUUGCGUUUUAUGCUGAGCUGCCCGACUAUGGUUUGGCUCAGAGUUUUAAUCGAGAGCAGUCCUACAACUUUUAUUUCGCUAUGGUACGAUAUAUGUUUGACAAGCACCAAGUUUCUUUUCAAGGAAUAGACCCGCAGAUCCGCUAUAUCUGUUGGAGGUGUAAGAAAUUUCCUAAAGCAGGUCUGCCCCAUUUGUCCCACAUUAUCACGCCAGAGUCGGGCCAGGAAUACGAGAGUGACAGUGACAUCCCGCAGGUUAGCAGUAAUGGAGGUUCUUCCUGGCGCUUCUUGCAGUGUCCUCGCUGUAUGGUUGCCAGCUACUGCAGUCGCCGCUGUCAGGAGGCAGACUGGGCGGGGAAACACGUGAUCAACUGUCUGUCACGUGGCUCCGUAUACUUACCGCGGCUAGGCGAUAUUGACUUUCCAAUUUUUGCUGAUUAGUUUUCAACUCUUAUGUGGCUCUUUGAAAAGUUCCCUUUUUUCCUGUUUGUCCGUAUUUUUCCUUCCCCGAAGCUCUGAGAGCAAUAAUAAAUAAUAAACUGCAUUUUUUCCCCCCAUUUUGCUGUCGGUGAGAUGCUUAAUAGAGCAAUGCAGUAAAAUAGAUAAGGUUGACACAUGCAAAAUCGAGAAAAAAUUAAAUGAAACAAAAA